UUUAAAUCGGGCGUCAGGGCGGGACCCGGAUGACCGCUGACCCCCUUUAAGGCGCGGCCCGCGUCCGCCGGCAGAAAAGCGGCUUAAAGGCGACGCGUGGCGCGAUGGCGGCGGCCGGGCGCGGAAGCCGGCGGCGGGGGGCGUCCGCGCUCCCGAGGUCGCUGCUGUUCCCGCUGCUGUUGCUGCUGUUGGCGCCGCCGCCUCCGUCCGGCCCGCGCGGCGCCGCCGCCUACUUCCCCGAGGAGCGCUGGAGCCCGGAGUCGCCGCUGCAGGCGCCGCGCGUGCUCGUGGCGCUGUUGGCCCGGAACGCGGCUCCGGCGCUGCCCGCCACGCUCGGCGCCCUGGAGCGGCUGCGCCACCCGCGGGAGCGCACGGCGCUGUGGGUGGCCACCGACCACAACGUGGACAACACAUCCGCGGUGCUGCGGGAGUGGCUGGUGGCCGUGAAGGACCUGUACCAUUCCGUAGAGUGGCGGCCUGCGGAGGAGCCCAGGUCCUACCCGGACGAGGAGGGCCCCAAACACUGGUCCGACUCUCGCUAUGAACACGUCAUGAAGUUGCGCCAGGCGGCCCUGAAGUCCGCCCGCGACAUGUGGGCAGACUACAUCCUGUUUGUGGACGCUGACAACCUAAUCACCAACCCCGACAUGCUGAGUCUGCUCAUCGCAGAGAACAAGACGGUGGUGGCGCCCAUGCUGGACUCCCGGGCUGCCUACUCCAACUUCUGGUGUGGAAUGACGUCCCAGGGUUACUACCGCCGCACGCCCGCCUACAUCCCCAUCCGCAAGCGGGAGCGCCGGGGCUGCUUCCCCGUGCCCAUGGUGCACUCCACCUUCCUCAUCGACCUGCGCAAGGCCGCCUCCCGGAGCCUGGCCUUCUACCCGCCGCACCCCGACUACACCUGGUCCUUUGACGACAUCAUCGUCUUCGCCUUCUCCUGUAAGCAGGCAGAGGUGCAGAUGUACGUGUGCAACAAGGAGGCGUACGGCUUCCUCCCCGUGCCGCUGCGCGCCCACAGCUCGCUCCAGGACGAGGCCGAGAGCUUCCUGCACGUGCAGCUGGAGGUCAUGGUGAAACACCCGCCCGUGGAGCUCUCCCGCUUCAUCUCUGCGCCCACCAAGACCCCCGACAAGAUGGGCUUCGACGAGGUCUUCAUGAUCAACCUGCAGAGGCGAAAGGACCGGCGGGAGCGCAUGCUGCGCGCCCUGUGGGAACAGGAGAUCAAGUGCCGCCUGGUGGACGCGGUGGACGGCAAAGCCAUGAACACCAGCCAGGUGGACGCCCUGGGUAUCCAGAUGCUGCCGGGCUACCGGGACCCGUACCACGGGCGGCCGCUCACCAAGGGCGAGCUCGGGUGCUUCCUCAGCCACUACAACAUCUGGAAGGAGGUUGUGGCCCGUGGGCUGCAGAAAUCCCUGGUGUUCGAGGACGACCUGCGCUUCGAGAUCUUCUUCAAGAGGCGCCUGAUGAACCUCAUGCGGGACGUGGAGCGGGAGGGCCUGGACUGGGACCUCAUCUACGUGGGCCGCAAGCGCAUGCAGGUGGAGCAGCCCGAGCAGGCCGUGCCCCGCGUGCGGAACCUGGUGCAGGCCGACUACUCGUACUGGACGCUGGCCUACGUGAUCUCCCUGCAGGGCGCCCGCAAGCUGCUGGCCGCGGGGCCGCUGGCCAAGAUGCUGCCGGUGGACGAGUUCCUGCCGGUCAUGUUCGACAAGCACCCGGUGUCCGAGUACAAAGCGCGCUUCUCCCCGCGCGACCUGCGCGCCUUCUCCGUGGAGCCGCUGCUCGUGUUCCCCACGCACUACACGGGGGGACGCUACGUGAGCGACACGGACUCGGUCGUGUGGAACGACGAGCGCGUGAAGACCGACUGGGACCGCGCCAAGUCCCACAAGAUGCGGCGGCAGCAGGCGCUCAGCCGCGAGGCCGAGAACGCGGACGUGCUGCAGUCGCCGCUGGACAGCGCGGCCCGCGACGAGCUCUAGCCCCGCGCCCCGCGCCCCGCGCCCCGCUCAGCGCUCGCGCGCAUUAAUGCGGCGCCUACUGUUUAAGGGGUGGGCGGGGGUGGGAGCAGGGCCUCUGAGCGCUUAGUAGGUGCCUGCUGUGUGACAGGCACAGCGACUCCCGGUAUGGCUCGAUGACAGGUCCAGGUCCGAGCAGAUCGAGUCGGGUUUUCGGGGCGCCCAGGCAUCGUUAAGGGGUGACCAGUAUUUAUUGGGGUGCCUGACGUGGGGGGAGCUGAGCGGCACCGGAGCGGCCAUGGGCCCCUCGCCCUUCACGUUGGGCACCUGCUGUGUGCCGGGUCGCACGCCGGGUGCCAGGACGCAGCAAGCGUUUGUUGAGCACCCACUGUGAGGGGGACCUGCUCGACCCCCAGUUGGGUUGAAUGGCUGAACCCCUGCCUGCGUGCAGACCCCCCACACACACUGCCCGGAGGAAGGACACCGUCCCCCGCCUGGGGUCGCCGCCGGGUCCCAGUGGCCGCAUGUCAGGUCCCCUGGGCCGGGGCGCAGGGCAGUGGGGCUGGGUCUCCCUUGCCUGCUCUGGCUGCAUGUGCUUGGCGUCCCUGUCCGUACGUCUCAGGUGUGGGGUCUCCUGUAUUGUCAGGUCCCUGUCGGGGGGAGGUCGUGUGUCUGGGGCUCUGUUGCUUUGGGGCGCUGUCCUUGCCCCGGGCAGGACGUUCCCAGCAGUGACCCCGGGGUCCUCGUGCCUUAAAGCCAAACCAGCGAGGACGACACCACCCACCCGCUCGCGGGGUCAGGUCUUGAAUGACUUGCUUAUUUUUUUAUUAAAUUCUGGUUUUUCACUGACAUCUGAGGUCUGGCUUGCUGUCUGGAAGCCUUCCGCCUCCCUCAGCCCCAGCGGCUGCUCAAGGCCGGGCAUGGAGGCUUACGCCUAUAAUCCCAGCCAUGUGGGGCGGAGGCUCUGGGUGCAGACGACAGACCUGCGCAAACAUGGAGGCCCUGCCUGGAAAAUAAGUAAACCACAAAAGGCGGGGGCCUGGCUCAGUGGACAGAGCGACUGCCUGACUUCAGACCCAGGCGCCUGCAAAAACCAAACCAGAGCAAGACCAAAGCUCGAGGGUGCUUUUCACAAAGGUCACGGAUGGUGCGGGGGGAUGAGAACCCUCCCAGCAAAACCAGCCCCAUCCCAGGCGGGCUCCUACGCUGCUGGUUAAACCCUCCCGGCCUCACCCACUUGCAUGAGAAAUACAGCAGGUCCCCAGUGUCCCCGGAACCGGCUCUAGGACCCCCCCCCCAAAUCCCAAACUCCGCAAAUGCUUGGUCACCUCUGGAUUUAGAACCCUGCUACAAAAUGACUGCUGGUGCGAGGCUGUCACAAUGUGUCACUUAAGGAAAUCGAAGACGUCUGUGAGGUCAACAAGCAUGGACGCGGGUGUUUGUACCCCAUUUUCCCCUCGUGGGUGGCUGGGCCCAGGAUGGCCGCGCACAGGGGCAGGGGACUGUGAACCCAUUAAACACG